UUAAGUUCAGAAUAGAUAGGUCGCAAGUGGUUUGUUUGUGUAUUUGGUGUCGAUUUUGUAGUUUGGUAUGGCAUAACAGGAUUCACAGCUAAAUUUCUGCCUUUUGGAUGUAUGGUUCUUACAAAUGAAUAACUAACAAUCGAAGAUGCUUCAAAUAAAGAAUAUUGAUACAGUCACAUUGAAAUCUCUUUCCUGGAUGCUAUUGGCAGGUUAUGCAGCGUAUAUAUUUUUUAAGUCUCCAGGAAUGUGUCGCUGCUCAAGAAUGUUAAAUGAUCGUGUUAUUCUUAUAACCGGUGGAACAUCUGGAAUUGGCAAAGCUCUGAGUAUUGAGUUAGCUAAGAGAGGUGCUCAAAUCAUAUUGGCUUGUAAGGACGUUGAAAAAGGAGUAAGAACUAAAUUUGAAAUUCAAGGUCAGGUUCAUAACAAAGAAUCAAAAGUAUAUGUAAUGUAUUUGGAUCUCUGCAAAUUCAGUAGUAUAUCUAAAUUCUCAAUAGAAUGUUCUAAAAAGUUUACUAAAAUCGAUGGAUUGGUAAACAACGCUGCAGUUUUCUGUAAUUCAACUUCUUUAACAGAAGACGGAUUUGAAAUAAUGCGACAGGCUAACUAUUACGGGCAUUUCUUAUUGCUAGAGGACAUAAUGAAUUUGUUGCGUAAAUCGGAUGAUUGUCGGAUAGUCAACGUUUCAGGAGAAGAACACAGAACCAUAAAGAAUAUGCAACAAUUAUUGUUAUUGUCGUUGAGUCAACAGGUAUCAAAGAAUGAUGACCCCUAUCUUAUUUACGCAGUUACGAAACUUGCUUUGAUUUUAUUAACGAAAAAAUUGGCAGAAAGUUUUAAACGUGAACCUGGUCGAAUCACCACAAACGCUGUUAAUCCGGGAGUUGUGGAUACGUUGAUUUUCAGAAAUCUGUAUUUAUUAAGAAAUCCUUUUCUCUGGCGUUCUAUCAUUCAGAGUCCUCGACUAGGAGCACAAGCUAUUCUUCAUUGCCUUUUGAAACCGGACAAUUUCACUGGCCAGUAUUCCACCGGUUGCGAACGUGGUGUACCCAUCCAAUUUUCCUAUAAAAAGAAGAUAUUCCAAUACUACUAUUAUUUGAGCCAGAGAACUCUACACAGGUUUCUCAAAGAAAAAGACUGGGACCGCCUUUACUUAGACAAUUAUGGCUGGUAUUUGGACCAAUAGGAGUAAUCCUACUUCUAUUAGAACA